CCCUUCCCUCCCUUCUUCCUCCUACUUACAUAUGAUACUAGAAGAAGUAUAACGAAACAAACUACAGCUAAUUUUCACCGGGACAGAGUCAUUAUUAUAGUCUCCGUAUUCCUCCCAAGUCCAAGCAGUGGAAAUAUACUUAGUACUCUGAUUAAUUCAUUCCGCGUUGAGGUGCUAAAAAUCAAUAUGAAGAACGAUCAUCAUCAAGAAUUUGAUCAUCAUCAAGAUUAUUUCUUUCAGAUGGGUUCUUAUGGAACUGCAACUCCUGAAAGUGAGAGGCCCACUUCAUUUUCUGAACCUGCUACCUCAUGCCAGAGUCCCUCCUCCUCAGCUGAUCCUCUUUCCCCGAUCUUCAAAACCGAAGACAAGGGAGACGAUUCCAAGGUGGUGGUUCAAAAGAAGAAGAAAAAAUUAGAGAGGAAGGCCAACAGUUAUGUUUACAGAAUUCGUGAGCAUGUGAAAUUGGGGCCUAAAUUUUCUGAAACAGUGAAGGGGAAGUUGAGUUUGGGGGCGAAAAUAAUUCGAAAAGGGGGGCGAGAGAAUAUAUUCAGGCAAAUAUUUAGUGUAAGUGAUGGGGAGCAGCUGCUAAAAGCUUCGCAAUGCUAUUUGUCAACAACCGCUGGUCCAAUUGCUGGAAUCCUCUUUAUUUCCACCGAAAAGGUUGCUUUCUGCAGUGAAAGACCAGUUACCUUAUCGGCCUCUCCCGGAGGUGUUGUUAGAACACCAUACAAGGUUUCAAUCCCCGUGAGAAAGGUCAAAAAGGCCAAUGAAAGUGCGAACGUUGAGAAGCCGGCAAAGAAGUACAUAGAAAUAGUUACCGACGACAAUUUCGAGUUCUGGUUUAUGGGAUUUGUACGCUAUGAAAAAGCCUUGAAGAAUCUCCGCAAGGCAAUUUCCAUGUCCAGCUCAAUGCCCUUUUAGGUUUAGCAAAGUUCGGGUAGAGCAAUAUACAGUUGUGCUUAGCGUAUGGUCUCGUGAAGAUGAGAAGAGUCUUGCAUUAGUUUGUAAUUCUCCGCUCAUUCAGUCAACAGUGUGAGAUUUAAGUCGUUUGGAUUGUUAUUUUUAGAAGUUUUUGUAGAAGAAUAUAUUAUAGUAGUUUGAUGUAUAUGAGGUAAAAAGAUGAUUAGAAAAUAUUUUCACGAAAAAACA